GGAGCCAUGUCCCUUUUUCUCGUCAUUGCGGACGCACGUGCUUUCAACCUCGUUCCAUGGUGAUAUCCGGUCUUAGAAAGACCUAUUUGCCAUCGCAGGCGAAAUCAUUCACGGAGAUCAGGAUCACUACGCGUGCGCGACCUAGAUUCCUGACCGCAAUGUUCGCCGCGACCCUCAGGCGGCUAGCAGCUGCGACAAAGCCACUGGCUGAGUCGGCUACAAAAAGCACCAGUCCCUUGAAAAAGGUGUGGCCACCAGACUACUCCAAGCUCUCCCCUCAGGCCAAACUCAAGUUCGAGAAGAAGUACAAGCGAAGGGUCCUUCUACGCUCUGCGAGGCCACGGUGGAAUAAGAUCAUAAGACUCACCCAGCUGUUCAGCGUCACUUUCAUCACCGUUUAUGGCGUUCUCUUCAUGCGUUGGGACCCUCCAGCAAGCAAUCCUUUCCUGAGCAUCCGGAGGACCUUUUGGGAAAUGUUUGGCAGCACACUCGACGAGCCAGCGGAGCAGGACAACACGCCCAUGACCCGCGAACGCCCAAUCCGCUCAAAUCCUCCGCCUAAAUAGUCGGGGUUCUUCUUGCCGUUGCGGCUGUGUAUAAACCAAUCAAUUACUAUCAUGUUGACGUGGAGUUUCGGCGUUCAUACCCGAGUCAUCCAGAAAGAUGGCCUUCCUGGGCUGCUUAGGCGCUGCCCAAAUGUCUCAUUAGCCGCACAUAUUUGCGGUAUCCCUCAUCUCUCAUAUCCUGUCCCACUUAGGCGAGGGACUUGCUGGACUAUGCGGGCCCCCUGUGUGCAUAAUCCUCACUCAGCAGACCCGAGGGUAGUCCCCGAAAGGUGCAGGAAUUGCCCCUGAGAGGUGGUAUCGUGAUAUCGAUUCGUUUGGAAAGCGGGAUGAAGGUCAAACCACCAGCAUCUGUUCGGCAGCACUGCUGCUCCCUGUCGCAUGUCACCUGCCGUGCCAGACAGCCAUGCCCAGC